AAUAAUUACAUCACUAUGCCAAAAGAACUGUUCCAAGAGAAAGACAAUGUCAUCGUCGUCAGCGUUGUCUUCAAGAAUGAUAAAAACGAUACACUACGAAAAUCAACGCCAAAGAUCUUUGAAGGAUCUUCUAUGAAUUAUGCAAGGAUGAAUACAAAGAUCGUGUCUCUCAGUACUUAUCCAAAACUGAAAGAACCGUUGGAUGAGAAUAUAUUGAUUGCCUUUCAGCAUAUACAGGCGAAUGCGACAAAUGAUCCCGCAAAUGUUUACUGUAGCUUCUGGAAUUACUCUAUUCCUUCUUCUUACAACGGUAGUUGGUCAGGGCGUGGCUGUAAGGUGAAAUCAACUACAGGAACACGCACUGUUUGUGAAUGCAAUCACAUGACAAACUUUGCUGUACUCAUGCAGCUUAGACCCGAAAAGAAGAUUGAUAAGAAACAUGAAGUAGCACUCACCACUAUCACAUACGUUGGCUUGGCACUUUCAUUCAUUGGGGAGGCUGUCACAGUAUUCUGCUAUUUUACUUUCUUUUCUAGAAAUAAACACAACGACAAAAUUCAAAUAAGAAUAAACUUAUUGUGUACACUGGCCAGCGCUCAAUUAGUGAUAAUGGCAGGACUGAGUCAAACGAAGAAUAAGGGUGUUUGUGUAUUCAUCGCAGCGUUUAUUCACUACCUCUAUCUUGCAUCAUUCUGUUGGAUGUUGAUGGAGGCAGUUAUUCUAUACAAAAUGGUCGUGAAAGUAUUUGAUAUUGUUCUCAGAAUGAGAUAUUCUUAUCUAUUUUGCUAUGGUUUUCCUCUAAUGGUCGUGCUUCUGGCGCUAUUUUUGGCGGAAAUUUGUACAGGAGGAAUUCAUACUUAUUCUAACAAAAACUUCUGUUGGGUGAACUCUGAAAACAAACUGAUUUGGUCAUUCGCUACUCCUGUUCUUAUAAUAAUARUGAUCAACAGCAUCCUACUUACCUGUGUCCUCAAAGAAAUGUUCAGUAUAAAGCCGGUCAAAACCGGCAAUUCUUCUGAGAUGUCUAUGAUCAGGGCAAGCGURCGUGCAUGCGUUGUUAUACUUCCUCUUUUGGGUCUCACGUGGUUAUUUGGUCUUUUGAGUCUUGCUGGUAUUGGUAUCGCGUGGCAGUAUGUAUUCACCAUACUGAAUGCAACACAGGGCUUUGUGAUCUUCAUAGUACAUUGCUUAAGGAAUUCGGAGCUCAAAUCCGCAAUAAAACUACGUUUUAACCAGUGGCAGAGUAACCAUAGCAACAUUAACUACAGUAAAGAGAAAGCCACACCCGACGUCAAACAUCUCCACACAAAAAACAGAUCAGAAAAUGUCUCACCCCGCAAUAGCGUUCCCAUGACAUCGGUUAUGACUAAUAAAGUGAUGCCUAAUAAUACGUUAUAGUUGGUAAAGUGAAGUAAAAAGCUAUGAUAUCAAGAAUUGACGCCAAAAUAACGUCAAGAUAUCAGACCGUUUCAAGGAUAAAUACUGACAAGUGGACAGUAUCAGUGUGCAAGAUCGGUUAUCAUAAAAUGUGCUGUCAACUAAAGUUUCAAAGAAACUCUAUAACGGCGUGCAAGAGAGCACGAUAAAACGAGCCUACCUUAUACCGUGCCAACGAAUACUUACGGGUCUUGAGUCUCUGAGAUAUCAAAACUUGUAUAGCCGGGCUACACCAGUUACACCGUGAAGACUUGUGAGCAUCUCAGACUGUGAUAAUUCAACAGAAAYGCCACGACCGAAUCACGCUUAACGUUAAAUUCACGUCAAGAUCAUUAUGACUGAAAGACUUCAUUUAAAGUUAGCAGUAGAGGAACAUACUACRCGACAAUUAAAAGAAUAUUUCUGAACCAAGGAGCAAACAGACCGCGUCGGAGUACAUUAUAAAAAGUAGGGGUAGGGUGGGGGUAGARCUGACUAUUAAAAAUAGCAUUUGAAUUAAAGUUAGGGGGUAGUUUUAAGAAACCACAGGAGAAAAAAAUAAAAGAGGAAAGUGCGCGGGCUACAAACCAUGGUCAGUGCUAGCCACAGCAGACAGUGAAAACGCGUCCUAUUCCAAUCCAAGCGCAACCMAUUGCAAAUAUUUUGACUAGAAUCGAUUAAAAUUACACCAUAUGGUUGAAAAAUUUGGUUGCAUAAAUAAAAUCGGAAUUUGACGCUUUUUCGUUGCCCGUGUUUGAGAUUUGGAAUACGAAAGGAACCGUCUUUUCCUAAAAAAUGGACAUCUAUUUUCUCUUUAGAAAUAUAUCCCCAGAAAAGAUAAGCGAACAAGGAGUGGUAAAGGGGGGUCACUCCCCCUUUAUCCCCCCCCUCCCCACACAGCGCAAAGCAGUCUAUAAAAAAGUUUUAAUCUUUUUAUUAAAAUGUAGUUUCAAAACAUAAAUUACCAGGAAACGUUAUUUAUAUCCAUAAAUGAUUAUUUUAGAAAAUAAAACGUAUUAUUAAUGA